UAGAAUCAUAUAUUUAAUACUACUAUAUUGCGCAUCGCCUAUGCUUUCCCAUAAGUGGGCUGUUCGGAUUCAUUACGGUGCAGACAAUCUCUCUGUCGCAGUCAUACUCCUCGACAAAAAUUUUUUGCGCAUGUCCGAAUAUUCUGUUCGGUUCACACGUAUACACAAUGAAUUUGUGUGCGUCGCCGAAUGUUUCCGAGCCCCGACUCGAAUAAUAAUUCGGACAUGCGCAAAAGAUUUUUGUCGAGCAGUAUGACUGCGACAGAGAGAUUGUCUGCACCGUAAUGAAUCCGAACAAAAUCAUACCCUAUGCGCAAUAUAGUAGUAUUAAAUAUAUGAGUAGAAUCACAUGUAUGCUAUUAGCCCACAUUUCCAUGGCUUAUUUAGUUGACCGUUUUUUAAUCUCCUUAUGUAAAUUAGUGUAAAUUUUUCAUAGUUUUAUAUCUGUUUUAGAAAAAUAAUAAUUUAUUAAAGCGAUCUGUGUUUUAAAAAUGUCAACUUUUACGGGCAAGGAACAAGUCGAUAGUGAAAAAUUAAAGCAAGCUCAGGCAGAAAAAUUAUCACCAAAAAAAACAUAUCCAGAUGAACAUGGUGAACUUUAUGGACAUGAUUUGUACCCAGAACGUCGAGGAAACAAACAAAAAACUAUUAAAAACAUUGUUUUGAUGAAAGAUGGGACUGAACAUAUAGCUAGACUUCACUGCGAGCAACGAGUAUUCAACUGUAUCAAAAAACAUCCUUUGGUCAAAAUCAUGAUGAGCGCACUUAAGUCAGCAGGAUGCCCGGUAGAUCUAAGGCGACACUUGUCAUGCGAAGAGUGUGAUUCUUCUGUUACGGGAGGAUAUGAUCCCGAGUUAAAUCAAAUAGUGAUAUGCCAAAAUACAGCAAGAAUUGAAGGAAUCGUUGGUAGUGUAUUGACUCAUGAAAUGAUACACAUGUUCGAUUAUUGUAAAAAUAAAUUAGACUUCAAGAAUAUUGAUCAUUUAGCAUGUACAGAAAUUCGAGCUGCCAACUUGACUUACUGUAGUUUUAUGAGUGCUAUGAUUGAUGGUGAUGCUGCACUUUGGGAUAUGAAAAAAAAACAUCAGGAGUGUGUAAAGCGAAGAGCAACACUUAGUGUCUUGGCAGCGAGAGGCGUGAGUACAGAAGAAGCUCGAGCUGCGGUUGAACGAGUUUUCGAUAAAUGUUACAAUGAUUUAGAACCGAUUGGACGUCGAAUCAAACGCAACACAGACGAUAUGAAUAAAGCUUUUUUUGACGCUCCAUAUUAUGGCUAUGAUACGUAAUUGAUAAUUCUGUAAUCGAUUAACAUAUCUCUAUCAUAUUUGGAGUGUAAAUCAAAUGCAUCAAUUGAAACGAUACUUUGAGUUUUUAAUUUCAUAAUUGAUCGAACUGAUAUGGUGAAUAAAAAUUAAUGAUAACACCUAUGAAUAGUGAAAAACUGUCUGAAGACACGGGAAUAGCAAUUAAUUUGCAACCAAUUAAGUUUUUUAGUUACUCAGUUAAAAUAAAGACUUAUAGUGAAUCGUAACAACAGUAAAGUAAUUUAUUUGACAGGAAAACAUUUUGUAUUAACGUACAACGCUAGUAAACUUGAUGGAAUGAAGAUGUUAUGAAAUUUUGAGAUUAGAUAAAUGAAAUAUUAACGCAUCUUAAUGGGCCCUUAGAAUUAUAGGUACUAAUAUUCGUUGUUUUUAUAUUAAUUAUUAAAGUCGGCCUGUUUUAGAAAGGUUAUACAUGGCUCUUAUGGGAGCAAGCGUAACAAAAUAAUUUCGAACAUAAACAAAUGUGGUUAAAUGGAGUUUUUUUUGAUACUAAUAUUAUUGUGGCAAAUAAUAUUAGAUUUUCUGUAAUUAUAAAAACUAUCCACAAAAAAAUGAAAUUUUAUCAGGUUUUUCACUGUUUAUCACCAUCAGUCUGACAACAUAAUGGAUGCCCCUGGUGAAAAUAAUAUGGCGGAUUAUGUCAUAAGAUGCCAUAAUCAGUGUUGGGUAAAUGGUCGAUUUUUGGGUUUAAUACUUUCAUACCGGUAUGAAAGUAUGAAACUCAAGAACGCCCCCUAUGGCAUCAAAAUUGUCUACCAUACCAGCAUAAAACUCUCGAAUGUCAAAUUUUUUGUUGAUAUAUUAAGGUAUAACUUGCCAAAAUUUUUGGGGGCGUGUCCUAAAUAUACUGCCUAUGCUUUUACAUGGAUAGUUUUUGCGUUGCCAACCCCAAAUAACUAAAAAAAUAGAUUUUUCUCGGUGGUUUGUGGCUUAUUAAUAAUACUUUUUGCUAGAGAAUCUUAUCAUUUCGUCUAUUUUAUUGCAUAAUAAAUCAUAUUCUUGUAAUUUAAACAAUUUUAAUUAGUUUUUAUUUUCUCGUAUUACCCCGGCAAUAGUGCUUUUUUUGUCAGUUUGCAACACUGAUCUUGAGGCCAUCUUAAUAUCUAUUUCAUGAAUGUAUGUGUGUGUAUGCUGUGUAAAAGCUAAACAUGGAUGCUAAAUUUUGCUAAAUUUGCUGUUUAAAUUUUCCCGCUUCAAUGCGCUGUUGCCAGAGCCUCAAUACUUGUUCUCAUAAAAUUGCUAAAAAUCGUGUUUUUAGCUUAUAUUUUUAUUAAUUACGUGGGAUUUAGUCUUAUAAGCCCAUUUCAUCCUGAUAUCAAAAAAUUCCUUAUUUUUUCUUUUAUUAUCUAUUAGUUUUUGGGAUAGGUGAGACUAAAACAAGUAUUGUUUUGUUAAGUUCGUAGAUAUUUUCUAACACCUCCUCCCAUAAGAGCCCAUGUCUAACCUCUCUAAAUUAUGUCAACUUUGAAUAAUUAUUAAAAAAAAAAAAGUCUUAUAACUUAAAAACUGAAUUGACAAAAAGAUGCAUUAUUAUUUCAUUUAUCUAAAUUAUUAAUUUCAUGAGCCUCAGACUAUUUUUCAUUUUGGCAAGUUAUACCUUAAUAGAUGUAUUACAGAAUAAACAAAUAAUAUGAACAAUAUUUGUUGAUUAUAAAAACAACAACAGUAAUGUAUUUCAAUUUAUUUGAACAGAUAAUAAGCUAUUGACAAAUGGCUAAGAAACGGAUGUAGCUUCCCUGUUAAUUUCUAAAGAAUUAAUUCAGCCAAAGUAAUUAACAUCCUUUCCUUAGCUACCAUUUUUCCCAUAGCUUUUUAUUAAUUUA